AUGCGGGACAUUUGGUGCCGAAACCGGACAAAUGCUACACCAUCGCCGGUGCGCCAAGGAGAGCCUCCGUUUCACGGAGAGGGUCCAGAACUGCAGCACAAGAAGCAGGCAGAGUAGGAGCGGCUUCCUGAGGAGGAAGGCCAGAUCCGUGUGCGUAGCAGGUGCACCCUGCAAGAGGAGGUCAUGCAGCUCAACCAGCAGCUGGACAGAGCUGCACAUUCAGCAGAGCUCCUGAACGUGGACCUGUCUGCCUUCCAGAGCCGGGGCGCGCAGCUGUGCGGCUUCAUCUCCGGACUCCUUCCCACCACCUUGGACACUGGCUAUCCCACAGCAGAGAACCAAGCUGGGGCUGAGGGAGCCCUGCAGGAAAUGAGGGACCUCCUCAUCCAUUUAGAGCAGGAGAUCUCCAGAGCCACCCAAGUGAAGGAGGAGGAGGCCCGCAUCAAGCGACAGGAGUCACAGGGCCCCCAGCGCCCGAGGGCUCCUGCCCGGACCUCUGCGCCCAGCCCAAGCCCAGCAGGGACUCAGGCGAAGGAAGACCCGCAGCUGCGGGUCCAGGAUGGGACCAGGCAAUGGUACCAGCGACUUCAGGAUGCUUCUGCCAAAUGCGAGUUGGCCUUCGAGGACCUGAGCAGCAGCAAGGACAGUCAGGACAGAAGGAUCAAGAUGGACUUGCAGAAGGCAGCCACCAUCCCAGUGAGCCAGAUCUCCAGCAGCGCAGGUUCAAAGGUCAAGGAGGUCUUCGACAGACUCCACAGCCUGCUCUCUGGACAGCCUGUGCAAUCUGGUGGGCGUCCCGUGUCCGUCAGUCUUCACCCUCAGGGGCUGGACUUUGUCCAGUACAAAGUGGCCGAGAAGUUGGUCAAGCAAGGGGAGUCGGAAGUGGCCUCUCACCCCGAAGCGGCCUUCCCCAUUGCGGCCAUGGCCUCUGGGAUCUGGAUGCUCCACCCCAGAGUGGGAGACCUCAUCCUCGCUCAGCUCCACAGGCGGUGUCCCUACUCCGUUCCUUUCCACCCUGCUUUCAAGGAAGGGAUGGCUUUGGAGGAUUAUGGACGGAUGCUUGGCUACCGAGUGACGCAUUCCAAGGUGGAGGAACAGGACCACUUUCUGAAACGGAUGUCCGGGAUGAUCCGUUUCUAUGCCGCCAUCAUCCAGCUCCGGUGGCCAUAUGGAGACGGGCAGGAGGCUCACCCUCACGGCUUACAGCAUGGCUGGUGCUGGUUGGCACAGGUUCUUAACCUGGAGCCUCUCCCGCAUGUGACAGCCACUCUCCUCUUUGACUUCCUGGAGGUGUGUGGCAAUGCCCUGGUGAAACAGUACCAGGUCCAGUUCUGGAAGCUGGUCCUUGUCAUCAGAGAGGACUACCUGCCCAGAAUCGAAGCCAUCACCAGCUCAGGACAGAUGGGCUCUGUAGUGCGUCUGCAGCAGUUCUUGGACAAAUGUCUGCAGCGCAGGGAGAUCCCUGUCCCCAGAGGUUUUCUGACAGCCUCCUUCUGGAACUCUUGA